GGACGGCAUCACCGAACAGUACUGUGCAGUGCCUCUUCUGAUUGCGACACCGAGAGGAUCUUGCAGUUAUUAAAACUGGUUUACGUAAGUUGGGGAAGGCAAGAAUUCACUUCCAGUCGCCCACCGGUCGCCCAACAGUCAGCCACCAGCCGCUUUACAUAUCGCACUGAAGGCUAUCGCACAUUAUACUGGACCAAGACGAGCAGGCGUGUGGACAACCGCAUCAUGGUGACAGUGGCGGCUGAGGAAAUCAAAAGCAAAAGCAAAGUCCUGAUGACUCAGGACCUGGAGCCAUGGGAGUUACUCGAGAACCUCGGUAAGGGCGCCUUUAGCCAGGUCUACCGCGCACGAGACCUGGAAGGAGAUGCUGGCGAGGUAGCCGUGAAGGUGGUGCCAAAGUUCAAAAUGAACAACCAGGGGAGGGCAAUGGACAGUGACACUGCAGGCAGCAUUCCGUUGUUUGCAACCUGGAGGCGUGAUAGAUAUUUCCGAUAUGAGCUACCAUCCGCCUGGGCCAAUAGGUCCCGGCAGCGCGUGGAUCGAUUGGUUCCGGAUGCUUGCCGUCCUCACGAAUGCCGCCGGCUUGGAUAUUGGCAUCUACCGGGGUGAUCGUGCCAACGUGAGCUGAGGCACGUUGGCUACAAAGUCUUGCGCCGGCCUCGGGACCGGUACUUAAUCACUACGGGGAUCUCCGUUUACGGGGGUCGCUGCCUUCUAGUUAGCGUGGUUGAGCAGAUGAAAGGCAUCC